CGGGCCGCUCGGCGGCACCCGGGACAGUUAGGAGCCGCGCCCGCAGCCGCCGGCCGCGCGGCCGGACGAGGGGCGAUGGAGCUGGAGCCCGAGCUGCUGCUGCAGGAGGCCCGCGAGAACGUGGAGGCGGCGCAGAGCUACCGGCGGGAGCUGGGCCAGAGGCUGCAGGGGCUGCGGGAGGCGCGGAGGCAGAUCAAAGAGAGUGCAUCACAGACAAGAGAUGUCCUCAAACAGCAUUUUAAUGAUUUAAAGGGAACCCUUGGGAAGCUUCUGGAUGAGCGAUUGGUGACCCUUUUGCAAGAGGUGGACACCAUUGAACAGGAGACGAUUAAACCACUAGAUGACUGCCAGAAGCUCAUAGAGCACGGAGUUAACACUGCGGAGGACCUGGUCCAAGAAGGUGAGAUCGCCAUUCUUGGUGGUGUAGGAGAGCAGAAGGAAAAAUUGUGGAGCUUUACCAAAAAGGCCUUACACAUUCAGUUGGACAGUUUACCAGAAGUGCCUUUACUGGUUGAUGUGCCUUGUUUAUCUGCUCAGUUGGAUGACUCAAUUCUUAACAUAGUGAAAGACCACAUUUUCAAGCAUGGAACAGUAGCGUCUCGCCCGCCAGUACAGAUAGAAGAACUAAUAGAGAAACCUGGAGGCAUCAUCGUACGGUGGUGUAAGGUGGAUGACGACUUUACAGCCCAAGAUUACAGGCUCCAGUUCCGUAAAUGUACUUCAAAUCAUUUUGAGGACGUGUAUGUAGGCUCUGAAACUGAGUUCAUAGUAUUGCACAUAGACCCCAAUGUUGAUUAUCAGUUCAGAGUCUGCGCCCGAGGAGAUGGCCGACAGGAGUGGAGUCCCUGGAGCGUCCCCCAGAUAGGUCAUUCCACAUUGGUGCCUCAUGAGUGGACAGCUGGCUUUGAGGGGUACAGUCUGAGCAGCCGAAGAAAUAUAGCACUCCGGAAUGAUUCUGAAUCCUCAGGUGUUCUCUACUCCAGCGCUCCAACUUAUUUCUGUGGGCAGACGUUAACAUUCAGAGUUGAAACUGUGGGACAACCAGACAGAAGAGACAGUAUAGGAGUGUGUGCAGAAAGACAGAAUGGAUGUGACUCUCUGCAGCGGGAUCAAGCGGUGUGCAUUAGUACUAACGGUGCAGUUUUUGUAAAUGGAAAGGAAAUGACUAAUCAGUUGCCCGCAGUUACUUCUGGGUCCACUGUCACAUUUGACAUUGAAGCUGUGACUCUAGGAUCCACCAAUAAUAACGAAGGCGGAAACUUCAAGCUUCGAGUCACUAUUAGCUCAAAUAACAGAGAAGUGGUUUUUGACUGGUUACUUGAUCAGUCUUGUGGUUCUCUUUACUUUGGAUGCUCGUUUUUCUAUCCUGGUUGGAAAGUAUUGGUGUUCUAGAUUUCUGGAUGAGUGGCUUUGGUCUGCAGGGUUUUAAUGUAGCUGUCCUCAGCCCAGUUUAGUUAUAGUUGAUUUAAAAAGUUGUUAGAUUCAUUUCUCAGUUAAACUAUUGGAAAUGGAAAUUGUUUACUGGUUUAUUUUGGAAUGUCUCAGCAGUAAGUGUCUUGAAUAUUGUGGACAAAGCCAUAAUGCAGUCAGUUUUAUUUUUAGCAUAGUAUUAAUUGAAAUAACACAUCAAAACAAAAAUUUACUUGGCUUUUGCACUGUGAGCAGAUACAGAAAGCCCUGUGCCCUUCCCCUUUACUUCUUUUUAAUGUUGGUUAUUAGAACAGAAAAACUUAAUGUAACGUUGUUUUACUGAAUCUCCAUCUUUUAAGGGUCCAAAGCCGUGUAAGACAUUAGAAUAAAACCACAGGAAUAGACAAGAUGGAAGCCAGAGUUCUGUAAAAUGCAUUCACUCGUGUGCCCUCCACGUGAAUGUUGACUGUACUCUCCAUGUUCAGGUGUCUGUAAGCAGUAUUGAAUUUUAUGUCAUGUUCAGUAAUCUUUCAGUCCCAAAAGCAUGAUAAUAUUUGCGUUUUUAAAUGUUCUGAGCAAAUGUCUAACAUAGUCAAAGUAUUUUCUUUUGUUCUUUCCUUGCAAUUCCUUGCAAUUCAAUUCAUGAUAGGCUAGAGGAUUUUUACAGGGUAAAACUACUUACGGAAGUAGUAUGCACAGCAGUGUUAGCUGUUCACUGCCCGUCAUGUGCACAUGUGCAUAUCCAGCCUCAGAGAUGUGCAUGUUACUAUCCGGAAGGUGUGAGCUGCAGUCCAGUUUAAUGUCAGUUUUAUAAAUGGUCUUUUAGUGGACCAAGCAAAUAUUGGGUAAAUACUUGACCUAUUUUUUGGAAAACUUAAAUUUGUGUAAAAUAUUUAUUUGAAGGACUUACUUAGUAUGUAAAAAUGAUUAUCUUGCUAUACCAGCCUACAGAUUUUUUUUUAAUGUGAAUUUCUUUUUUUUCAUUUUUAACAGUAGAAAAGUGGAAGAGCAAGUUUGAUAUUUUUGUAAGGUAAUUUAUUUGGGGAUUCAAGUUCCCUGUUGGACAAUCAUGACCUUUUCCCUUGCCUUUUUAUAUAUAAGUAAGUCGUCUUUCACUUGUUCAGUGAUUGUUAAGAAGAUGUGCUAGAAUGUAGAUGCCUCGUCCAGCUGUCUGAAACAAAAUAAAAAACUAAAAGUUG